AUGUCUGGACGGGGUGGUUUCAGAGGAUCGGACCGUGGUGGUCGUGGAGGCGGUGCCCCACGUGGAAGAGGCGGAGGUGGGUUCCGUGGCGGUCGAGGUGGCUUUGGCGGUGGAUUCGAUAGUGGACCUCCUGCAGAAGUCUUCGAGAUGGGAUCGUUCGUCCAUGCUGUCGAAGGGGAAAUGUUAUGCACGUCAACAAAUGGAUCAAAAGUCCCAUACUUCAAUGCGCCGAUAUACCUAGCCAACAAAACGACGAUAGGCAAAGUUGACGAAAUUCUGGGCCCAAUCAACGAGGUAUAUUUCACCAUCAAGAUGAGCGAUGGCAUGGUAGCGACUUCCUUCAACUCCGGCGACAAGGUCUACAUCGCCGGUGAUAAACUUUUACCCAUCGAAAGAUUCUUACCUAAACCACCCGGUGAAAAAACAUAG